AUCAACAAAGAAAACAACAAAGCAAUAAGUAAAAGACGUCUUGACCAAAAGCCUGAUGAGGAUUUUGAAGUGGAAGAUGAUGAUGAUGAAGAAGAGAGAGAUAGAGAUAUGGAAUUUGCUUUGCCACAUUUUUUUAAGAAAGGAAAGGGGAAGAGCAGCAAAAGACCUGGGCGAAAACCUCGGUGGUGUCCAAAAAGUCUAGACAAUUUUGUUGACAUCGUUGUUAGCAGCAAUGAGUUUAAGAACAAACUGAUUUUUACUAAUACCAAGAAUCAGAGAAAUGGCCCAAUUGUUGUCAAAAUCUUGGAUGAGUCGAAAGAGAGGGCAUCAGCUAGAGGUGACAAGUUCACAAUGUCAGUCAACCAAAUGAGAACAAAAUUCAAGAAGUGUGUCAGCCAGUGUAAACAAGCAGCUCCAACCCAAAAGACAGAAACAGGGAUGAAAAGGUACCAAGGAGACCAUGGGUUUGGCAAGUGGUUCAAUACCUUGUUUGAAGUGGUGAAAACAAGGGACUCGUCCCAACCUGAAUGUGCUUUAGAACCAUCAACAUCUUCAUCAUCACCUCCACGCACCCCUGGAAAUUCUCUUUAUGAUCCUGACAAAGUUGAUGAUGAAGUUGAGAUGUUUGUUCCCAAAAGGUCCCUGAAGAAAGGGAAAUCUAAUAAAGAUAAACUUGAUAUCAACCAGGAAGUAAUACAACUCAUCCAAGAAGCUGUUAGAAAUGACCCAACAAAAGAAAUGAUCAGCUUCUUAAAGGAUGAAAUGGAAAAGUCCCGUGUGCAUACGAGUUAAAGUUAUUUCAACUCAUGCUUGGCAACAGAGCCAAUUCAUCCAUGCCUCCAUCAUCCAGUAUGGAAACAGGGUUUUACCCAGCAUGGAAUCAGGGUUCUGGGUAUCAUGACACAGGGUUUUACCCAUCGACGCCAAGUUCUCAAGGAGCACAGCAGACCACUCAGGAAAGGAUGUCUGAAGGUUCUUAUGGGAACCCUUUCCUUUAUAGUAAUGGGAAAUACCAAACAUUGUAAGUCAUGUAGAACUGAAAGCAUAUUCAUAUCUACUUCAACCACAGUCCUUUGGACAGUUAUUACUUGCAAAGUUAUUAUUUGGCCAGUUAUUAUUUGCAAAAUCACUGACAUACCCAAAUGGGAAAACACAUCAGUGCAAAACAAAACCAGAAAGCCAUAAUUGAAAGCUCUUAACACUGGAAAAUUGGGUUUUUUGGAAGAAUAGGGUUUUCUGUUUCAAACUCUGAUUUUCAUCCAUUUUUAAAUGAAAAUAGUUGAAUGUGGAUCGGAAAUGUGC